GUGCUAGAAACAUUUGCUGGACGCCUGAUUAAAAUAGGAGUUUUAGCAAGGCGGGAUAUUCCCAGCCUUACAAAGUACCAGAUAAUUCUAGCAAGAGAUCAAUAUAGAAAAAACCCGUCUUCACAAAAUGUGGGAAUACAUCAAGGCAUAAUUGAAGGCGAUUUUGCACUUUGUAUCAGUUUAUAUCAUGGUUAUGAGCUGCUGCUGCAAAUGGGAGUACGGUCAUUAUUUAUCUAUCUUUGUGGAAUUAUGGAUGGGUCAAAAGGGUUAACGCGUACGAAGAAUGAACUUGGUCGUAAUGAGGACUUCAUGAAGCUGUAUCAGCAGCUUAGAGACAUGUUUUCAGACGCAUCUUUGGCUUCAGCGAAUGGAAAUGUUUACAGGAUGUUUGAAAAUAAAAAGGAAUUUAUCUACAGCCAUCCAAAAUUAAGGAAAUUGGAGGAAAUUGUAAUAGAACACUUCAAAUCCUGGAAAAAGGGAUUCACGGCUGAAAGCACAUCUGUGGACGCUGUGGAUACUAGAGUGAUGAUCUUCUCAUCGUUUCGAGAUAGCGUGCAAGAAAUUGCAGAAAUGCUUUCCCGGCUCAGUCCAGUUGUUAGAGUAAUGACGUUUGUCGGCCACUCCACAGGAAAGAGCACAAAAGGCUUCACACAAAAGGAACAACUUGAGGUGGUAAAACGCUUUCGUGAAGGUGGGUAUAACACUCUGGUCUCUACCUGUGUUGGGGAAGAAGGCUUAGACAUUGGAGAAGUUGAUCUCAUCGUCUGCUUUGACGCUCAGAAAAGUCCAGUUCGCCUUGUGCAGAGGAUGGGCCGAACAGGGCGCAGGCGGCAAGGCAGGAUCGUUGUCAUCCUCGCUGAAGGGCGGGAGGAACGGACUUACAAUCAAAGCCAGUCUAACAAAAGGAGCAUCCACAAAGCUAUUUCAGGAAACAAAAUGCUUCAUUUUUACCAGCAUAGCCCACGUAUGAUUCCACAAGGCAUAACUCCAAAGCUGCAUAAAAUGUUUAUUACUGCUGAAAAAUAUGAACCAAGCAAUUCAAGAAUGCUUUCCAAAGAGAGAAGAUCUAGUUCCCUCCAGCAUAAAUCUGCUCUCUUUUCCUAUGUCACCGGCCAAAAGCAAAUACACUGUCAUGAGAAUUGGUCUCUAUCGCCUGAGGAAUUUGAAAUAUGGGACAGACUUUACAGGAUUAAGGAAAGUGAUGGAGUGAAGGAACCAAUACUGCCUCAAAUUCAGUUUGAAACCUUAGAAAACCUUGAAGAAAUAUCACAUGAAGAGAAGGCAACUCAUGAACUUUCCUUAUCUGAAUGGAGAAUUUGGCAGAGUCGUCCUUUUCCUACCUCCAUGGUUGAUCACUCGGAUCGUUGCUACCAUUUUAUCAGUGUUAUGGAAAUGAUAGAACUGAUGAGACAUGAACAGGGAGAUUGCAGCUAUGGUCUGGAGCUUCAGCCUCACUUAUGUAUUGAAGAUGUUAAUGUUCAAAGGAAUAAAAGUCAUUUUUCCAUGACCAACUCCAUCUUUGAUCAGAAAGCACGCUCAUCUAGAAAAGACAUGGUACACAGAUCAAAAGUAAAAACAUUUUUACCUGAUACAAAUGAUAAUGGGAGUGAAUUCUUUUCCACGUUUAAAAUGGCAAAAACAAAGACUCCCAAAAGAACUGGAUUAAAUUGGGAAGUGCCUGUGUUACCUACAGAUAUUAAUACUUCAGCUUCUUACUCAGCAAGAAAGCUUGCUCUGGUUGAAAAUACUGACCAGGGCAGUCAAAAGGAUAAGGAACUAGAGGUGACAUUUGACUUAAAUGAAUUUAUUGACCUAUGUGACAACAGUGAAAGUACUGCAAUUUAUGAAAGUGCUGCAAUAAAGGAAUACAAAACUAUAGAUAAAGCUUGUGCGUCACUGGGGACGAACUACACAGAUUCGGGUUAUAGUAGCUUCACAGUUGAGAAAUCACCUGUGUCCUCUGACUUAUUUUAUCUUCCUGAAUCAUAUGUGGAUUCAUUUGCACUUGUGAGACCAUCUGAGGAGCCUUCUUGGUUAAAACAAAUAUUUUCCCAUGUGAAAAGGCUUUUAUCACAAUCUCCUCCCUCUUUGAAUAAACUUUAUGAUUUUGACAACAUGAUGAGAAAUGAAGAAACAAUACGUCCUUUUCAAAAAGUUAUUUCUGAUAGUUAUCCAGAGAGACCGCGGGACAAAGUCUUUCCUGCGUCCUCAGAAGCUGAUCAUUCACUGCUGUUCUUUGAAUAUCCUGAACUGAAAGUCACGAGUGAAUUGUGUGCUUCUGUAAGUACCUGUUUUUCAAAAACUGUAUCAUCUUCUGUGACUGCUGUUGUUAAAGCCAAAGAGGAACUUCACUGGAAUGACAGCUUUGAUAGUCUGUUUGAUAAUGAAGAAUUCACUGAAAUUCAAAAGAAAACUCCAACAAUAAAUCACACUGUGAUAAAUAAUCCUUCAAAUAAGUAUUUUGUUCAAAAAGAUAAAGAAGAUCUUGAAAUUAACAAGAAAAAUGUGAUUAUUGAUGAAGAGAAGAGUAUCCAUUUAUUUGAAGAUGAACACAUUUGUGACACAAAUAAUGGAAGCUUUUCAAAUAAUGGAAGCUUUUCUAUGAACAAUAAGUGUUUAGUCAAGUCAGAUUCAGGUGCGAAUGUUGCUAGGCCAGUUGGAGAGCGAAGAUCCGAGUGGUUUCCAUCAGAGGUGUGCUGCGUGAACGCCGACAAAACCUGCAAGGAGCAGGCAAUAAGCAGUAAAACCACAACCAUGGAAAUGUCAGGUGAUAUUAGUGUGACUGAGCAGUUUCUGCAUAACGAUGAUCUUUAUGACUGUUCUCAAGAACUGUUUUCUGUUAACUUUGAUCUGGGAUUUUCCAUUGAAGAAUGUGAGAAUGAAAUCUCUGAAGAAGCUAUAAAUACUAAUAAUAUCAGAAAAUUAAAUGGUGCUUCAGGGAGUCAUGCAGAUGUUAAAUCCACUGAAGAUAAAAAAAAAUUACUGAAUAGCUCCAGACUUGAAACAUCUCCAAAACGGGAUUGCAAAAGUCUUGAGAGAAGAGGCAUUUCCACACCAUUCCCAUUCCAGAGUAGGAGCACGAAUGACAGAGAAGGGACUGAGGAUGCUACCACUGCAGUGCCUUUCUUGAAGUCAGGAGACAGAAGAACGGGAAGUGGAUCACCUGAAGCUUUGGCUUCUGCACUUUCUACCCCAACAAGUAGAAAGAUUAUGAAUAUUGAAGCUAUUAGAAGAAUUCCUAUGAAUGUCUUCUCUAGUGCCAGGGAGGAAAUUCCAGAGGUGCCUCUUACAGAUAAAUCAGAACCAACUCUCCAUCCCACCCUAUCCUGCCAUACUCCCAAAGAAACAGAGUUAAUAACCAGCAGUGAGAGUGAAGAGGAGAUCGUUUUCCAGAGAAAAAGAAGAACAAAAAAGAAUGUUUUGAAGUCUCCUGAUGUUAUGAAUGAUAGUGAUUUUGAAUCGCCGAUUCAUGCCAUCAGAAAACGUCGACACACACUUAACAUGAACGCAGCGAGACAGUUUUUAGAUGAAGAAGCAGAGCUGUCCCAGCAAGACGCAGAUAGUGUUUCAUCUGAUGAGAGUGAUGAUGCAGAGAACGAGCUGAACUCUUCACUUGCUCAAUUCCUGAAUGAUGAUGUAGAGGUCACACAAGUGCUAAAUGACUGUGAGAUGAAAGGAGUUUACCUGAAAUCUGUGCGUAGUCCAGCUCUUGGCAAUAGAUACAAAAUGGUUCAUCGUGAAUUCAACAACAUGGCAAUUUUCUCACAGAUUCCUGAGCAAGACCAGACUUAUGCAGAAGACAGCUUCUGUGUUGGAGAGGAGGAAGAGGAAACUUGCAAAAAAAGUGAAUCUAGUGAGGAGGAAGUGUGCAUUAAUUUUGAUCUCCUAAAUAAUGAGAGUUUUACUAGUGGAAGAAAACAAUACCUCACUCGCCGCAGAAAAAAAUUAAACCAGGCCAGGAUGGAAGAGAACUACCCUGUCCCAAUGCAAAAGAAGAAACCAUCCCGAAUUAUUGUUCUCAGUGAUUCCAGUGGGGAAGAAACAAGUGUCAGCAAUGAGAAGCCCAUGAAAACAGACUGUUUCUGGGCAGAACAGGAAAAUGCUAAGUUACCCAAGUCAUUGCCUUCAGUCUCUUCUGCGCAGCACAAAAAAAUUGCUGGGGAAAUUGGUGUUCAUCAGUCUGUGGAGAGUAAGAGUGAGAUGCUUCUCAGCUUGAAAGCUUCAGUAUCUGAAAUGCUGGAUUUUCGCCCAGACCAUCAAGUCAGGAGCACACACUUUCCACCAGCGCUCACUAGUUCUGAUUCAGGGAAGGAGGAUCUCCAGGCUCCCACUGAGGUGGAAAGUUCUUUGAAGAAUACCUGUAGGAGCACUUCAGUUCCGCCUUGUUCUGCUUCCACAAACCCCUCUUCAGCUACAUUUCUGUUUUCACGUGACCCUCUGGAGGAAAAACCUUCACUCUGUAUACUGGCAGACAGUCGUGAGAUCUCCUCUGGAGCAGAGGUGAUUUCUUCCUUGAAGGCCGUUCAUGGAGUAAAGGUGCAGGUUUGCUCGCUAAGCAGCAGCGAUUACAUCGUGAGCAACCGCAUGGCAGUGGAAAGGAAAUUUCUGUCAGAAUUACUGAACUCUGUGAACAGGAAUAAAGUCACCCAGCGGAUCCAGCGCCUGCAGAACAUGUUUGAGAGAAUAUGUGUGAUUGUGGAAAAGGACAGGAUUAAAACAGGAGAAACGUCACGAUUUUUCCAGAGGACACAGUACUACGACAGUGUCCUCUCAGCCUUGGUCCAAGCUGGGGUCCGAAUUCUUUUUAGCUCUUGCCAAGAGGAAACUGCCGGUUUGCUGAAAGACCUGGUUUUGGUGGAGCAAAGAAAAAACGCUGCCAUUUGCGUGCCAACGGAGGUGGAGGGUCACAAACGGGAAAUGCUCAACUUCUACUUGAGUAUUCCUCAUCUCAGCUACCUGGCUGCUCUCAAUAUGUGCCAUUACUUCGACUCCGUGAAGAAGAUGGCCAACAGCUCCCCGUUGGACAUCGCCACCGGCGCCCAGGUCAGCCCGCAGAAGGCCGAGGAGAUCUACCGCUACCUCCACUACGGUUUUGACAUGCAGAUGCUGCCUGAGAACCUCUGCCCUAAGGGGAGAGGCAAUAGAGCUGCCAGGAGCUAA